AUGGCGAUGCUUGUGCUGUAUGGUCUUGCUCUAACUAUUGCCCCAAUUAGUUGUAACAGCGAGCAACGCCUCUGUGCAGCUAAUGGCUAUGUCGACAAGGAGUUCGACUCUGCGUUAUCGGAGUGGCACCUGCAAUGCGAUACCUUCAUCUCUUUCACGCCAACGACGCCCGUCCUAUCGACAAUCACGUCGACGUACGAUGUUGACUCCUGCUCAAAAGCCAUCGAAGCGUGUAUUGGCCGCUCCCAGGAAAUAGAGGCCUGCACUUAUACAUACGGAUCCACCGACCCCGGAUUUUCCUCAUGCUACUGUCAGCCCAAAAUUCUGUCGCUGGCUUACAGCUGUGAAAUAUUGGGCCAUGGGUCGUGCCGCGAAAUACCAGCGACCGUGACGAACUUGGCCCAAUACCACAUUUGCACGAACUUCUGUGAUGUCUUGGACUGCAAUGAUACCAAGAAGACUACCUCCAGCACCCCGGUUACGGUCAACACCAAGGUGACGGGCUCUGCAGCGCACAAUACCGUAACCAUCACCUCACCACCUCCACAACCUGCCACGACGACCAUGUCCUCCGUCACAACGACGUCUUCGGGUUUGAGACAAUCAGUUGCGUGGGACAUUGGUUCAUUGGCGUUGAUGGCAGCGUUGAUCAGAUGGAUCUUGUAG